CGCCCGGUUUUCUGCGCUGCGCUGAGUGGCCGCGUCGCUCUCGUACAGCCGCUGGCACUCCUCGGGGUGUCGGGCACGAUGGCGGCUAAGGCCCCGGCAGCCGAGGCCGUGGCUUCGCGCCUGGAGCGGCAGGAGGAGGACAUCCGCUGGCUGUGGGCGGAGGUCCAGCGCCUGAGGGACGAGCAGCUGAACGCGCCCGACAGGUGCCAGGCCGAGGGGCAGUGCCUCACGCGGGAGGUGGCGCAGCUCCGGGCCGAGAACCGCGACCUGCGCCACCGCCUGUACCGCCUGCGGCUGUGCCUCGCCGAGGAGCUGAGCCGCCGGGCCAAGCUGGAGAGCGCGGCGCGGGCGGCUGGGGCCCAGGACGAGGCCCGGUGCGCGGCUGCCGGCGCGCAGCCUCCUUCUAGUCAAAGCCAAGAAAAGAAUGCUAAAAAGAAGAAGAUGAAGGAAAGUGAGCCAGACAGUGAGGUGAAAUAUCAACCAAAUUUCAUAAAAGAAAGAUUGAAGCUUUUUGAAAUACUGAAGCGAGAUCAUCAGCUCUUACUUUCCAUUUAUGAAAAAAAGGAGAAUGCAAGCAAUAUGAUCACAGUAAGAGUGGCUGAUGGGAAAACAGUCCAAGGGGAAGUUUGGAAAACCACACCUUAUCAAGUGGCAGUUGAAAUUAGUCAAGAACUGGCUGAAAGCACAGUAAUAGCCAAAGUAAAUGGUGAAUUAUGGGACCUGGACCGCCCGCUGGAAGGGGAUUCCACUCUAGAGCUGCUCACGUUUGAUAACGAGGAAGCUCAAGCUGUGUACUGGCACUCCAGUGCUCACAUUCUUGGGGAGGCCAUGGAGCUUUACUAUGGAGGCCACCUGUGUUACGGUCCACCCAUUGAAAAUGGAUUUUAUUAUGACAUGUUCAUGGAAGACAGAGCAGUAUCCAGCACAGAAUUGUCAGCGCUGGAAAACAUAUGCAAAACUAUCAUAAAAGAAAAGCAACCCUUUGAAAGAUUAGAAGUCAGCAAGGAAGUCCUCCUGGAAAUGUUUAAGUACAAUAAAUUUAAAUGCCGCAUUCUGAAUGAGAAAGUUAACACUCCAAGUACCACAGUUUACAGGUGCGGUCCACUAAUUGACCUUUGUAAAGGCCCCCAUGUGAGACACACUGGAAAAAUUAAAGCCAUAAAAAUUUUCAAGAACUCCUCAACAUAUUGGGAGGGCAAUCCUGAAAUGGAAACACUGCAGAGGAUCUAUGGGAUAUCAUUUCCUGACAACAAGAUGAUGAGAACCUGGGAAAAGUUCCAAGAGGAAGCCAAGAGCCGAGAUCACAGGAAAAUCGGGAAGGAGCAAGAGCUUUUCUUUUUCCAUGAUCUGAGUCCUGGAAGCUGUUUUUUUCUUCCCAGAGGAGCCUUCAUUUAUAACACACUUAUGGAUUUCAUACGAGAGGAAUAUCACAAACGUAACUUCACGGAAGUGGUCUCUCCCAAUGUGUACAACAGUAAACUCUGGGAAACCUCUGGCCACUGGCAGCAUUACAGUGAGAACAUGUUCGCCUUUGAGAUUGAAAAGGACACUUUUGCCCUCAAACCCAUGAAUUGUCCAGGGCACUGUCUGAUGUUUGCCCAUCGUCCACGAUCUUGGAGGGAAAUGCCCAUUAGAUUUGCUGAUUUUGGAGUUCUGCAUAGAAAUGAACUGUCGGGGACUUUGAGUGGCUUGACCCGAGUCAGGCGCUUCCAGCAGGAUGAUGCUCACAUCUUUUGCACCAUGGAGCAGAUUGAAGAAGAAAUAAAGGGGUGUUUGCAGUUUUUGCAGUCUGUUUACUCAACUUUUGGCUUCUCCUUCCAAUUAAACCUGUCAACAAGGCCUGAAAACUUUCUAGGAGAGAGUGAGAUGUGGGAUGAAGCUGAAAAGCAACUGCAGAAUAGCUUGAUGGAAUUUGGAGAACCAUGGAAAAUGAACCCAGGAGAUGGAGCAUUUUAUGGCCCUAAAAUUGAUAUAAAAAUCAGGGAUGCUAUUGGCAGAUACCAUCAGUGUGCUACAAUUCAGCUGGACUUCCAACUGCCUAUUAGAUUUAAUCUCACAUAUGUUAGUAAGGAUGGGGAUGAUAAGAAGAGACCUGUAAUCAUUCAUCGAGCCAUCUUGGGGUCCGUGGAAAGAAUGAUAGCCAUUCUUUCAGAAAACUACGGGGGAAAAUGGCCUUUCUGGCUGUCUCCUCGCCAGGUAAUGGUCAUCCCUGUGGGGCCAACUUGUGACGAAUAUGCACUUCAGGUAUCCAGUGAAUUUUUUGAAGAAGGAUUCAUGGCUGAUGUUGAUUUAGAUCAUAGUUGUACACUGAAUAAGAAAAUACGAAAUGCACAGCUGGCUCAGUAUAAUUUUAUUUUGGUGGUUGGAGAAAAGGAAAAGAUAAAUGAUGCUGUAAACGUUCGAACAAGAGACAACAAAAUUCAUGGAGAGAUUUCAGUAACUUCUGCCAUUGAUAAAUUGAAGAAUCUCAAGAAAUCACGUACACUAAAUGCUGAGGAAGACUUCUGAAGUCCUCUCCUUAUACUUCUAUGUAACUUUGUUUUGACCCUUAAAAAUGUAUUUUUCUUAUCCAGUUAACAUAUUAGUACUUUUACGAACUGUAGACCUCCUGAUGAGUCCACUCAUGGGCUAAGUUGAGAAAGGAGACAAUAAAUCAGCAGCUGAUGUGUACAACGUUUAAUUCACUGUUGUACUCUGGGGACAAUAAGAGGGCAAGCGUGGGAAAUUGUCAAGCAAUCAAUGCCUUAAGAGACUUAAAUGGGGAAACAUUAUUCACUGAAAGAGGGAACCACUAGGAAAUGAGGAUUGUGAAAUGUUAUAAGAUUUGUGAUUUUCAGAAGGUGGGCUUCAAAUAAAAGUCUGCAAGGUUUUUUUGAACAUGGGGAAAAAUCUUGUAAGAUCAUGUCUCAGGUAUUUUUAUGACUGUUCUACUAAAGUUCACACUGAAACUUUAUCUUCAAAAUUGCAAUCAUUACUUAAUUUUGUUUUAACUAAACAACCACAAAAGCAGCAACUAGCACUAAGUAUUGGAUUACUGACAAAAGACUCUGCAGAUCACAGAAACUCGGUGUUGUGGAAUCUGUUGUUUGCACUGUGUGUUGAGUUGUCCUUUGAAUGCUCUAAUUCAUAACUGAGCCUUGUUCAUCUUUAGAAAAAAUAAACUGUGUCACACAGUGUU